AUGGUGAAGCAGAUCCAGAGCAAGGAUGCUGCUCAGGAAGCCUUGAACAGUGCAGGAGGUAAACUUGUAACAGUUGACUUUUCCACCACGUGGUGUGGGCCUUGCACAAUGAUCAAGCCCUUCCUUCAUGAUGUUGCUGCAGAGUAUAAAGUUAAAUGCAUGGCAACCUUCCAGUUGUUUAAAAAAGUACAAAAGAUGGGUGAGUUUUCUGGAGCUAAUAAGGAAUAA